AGACUGCUGCUGCAGGCAGCCAUCGGCAUCAUCAUCGUCCUCCUUUUUCACCAACUGGUGCUGGCGGACUCACACCAGCAUCAUCAGUUCUGGAAGAAGCAGCCAUGGGUGGGCGUUCGCGUCGAGUGGUUUUCCAGAUUCCGGGCCUCGCUGCGCACCAUCCGCGACAUCCGGCAGAUGCUGGAGGAGGGCUAUGAGAAGUACUCCAAACAAGGCCGGGCGUUCGUGCUGCCCACCAUCGCGGAAGCACCCUGGGUCGUCCUGCCACCGAGCAGCAUGCGCGAGCUGCUGGCCAAAUCGGACCGAGAGCUGGACCAUGAGAUCAUCCAUGCCGAUCAAUUACAGCACUACUACACCCAGGGCCCGCUGGGAUGGCACUCGGUGCAGGUGCCCCUUCAGUUCGAUCUGGUGCGCCGGCAGCUGACGCGCCAGCUGCCGCUGGUGCUGCCCAUCUUGGCGGAUGAGGUCGACCGCAGCUUCCGGCAGUACUGGGGCACGCGGCACACGGCAUCGACGGAGGUCAAGGUGAAGGUAUUCGAGACGUGCACGCAGAUCGUCACCCGCGUUGCCAACCGCGUCUUCGCCGGCCCGGAUAUCUGCCGCAAUGAGGCCUUCCUGCAUCACUCGCGCCAGUAUUCUGAAGGCGUUGGGCGCGCAGGCAUCAUCAUCCGCCUGGUGCCGCGGUGGCUGCGUCCGCUCCUCGCGCCGCUAAUCACAUAUCCCAAUCGCAAGAAUCUCCAGAUCUGCGUGAACAUAUGUAUGCCGGUAGUGCAGGAUCGGCUGCAGAAGACCCUCGCGCAGGAUCCCGCCUGGAAGGCACCGGUUGACGGACUCCAAUGGCUCCUUGCGGAGUGCGUGAAACGCGACGACCCGCGCGAGAUCGACCCGCGGCUGAUCACGCAGCGCCUGCUGAUGCUGAAUUUCGUGGCCAUCGAAACCAUGGCCAUGUCCAUCACCCACACGGUGAUUGACCUGUACUCUGCCCCGGAUUGCGCGACCUUCGUGGCGCAGCUCCGCGAGGAAUGCGAGCGCGUCUGGCGCGAGGAGAACGAAUCGCCACAGCCACAGCCUCAGCAACACCCCCAGCCAGACCAAUGGACCAAAGCCGGCCUGGACCGACUGGUGCGAGUGGACUCGACGAUCCGGGAAUCGAUGCGCGUCUCAGAUCUCUCGUACAUCGCGGUGCCGCGCAUGGUGGCGCCCGCCAUGGGACUGGACUUCGACCAGGGGCUGCUGCAUCUCCCGCGGGGCGUGCGCGUGUGUGUGCCGGCGCAUGCCAUCCACCGCGACCCGCUCAACUACGCCGAUCCAUUGACCUUCGAUCCCUUUCGAUUUAGUGAUUCGGAGCAGAACCGGGAGAAAGCGGUGUCAAUCGCGACGACGACCGAUGCCUUCUUGGUGUUCGGUCACGGGCGACAUGCCUGCCCCGGGCGGUUCUUCGCGGCCCAGACGAUGAAGCUCAUGCUGGCGUAUCUGGUGCGGCAUUAUGAGGUGGAGCCGAUUGACCACGGGCCGGAGAAGGAGGUGCAGGUUGGCACGGCGAGGCCAAGUGCCCAGCUUUGUCUGCGUGUGCGUUGGCGG